AUGACGGACAGUACCAAACCCCAAAUCGCACUUGUGGGUUCCUAUUCCGACGCCUUCGUGAAGGCUUUGGGAGACGAUAACUUUGACGUCGAGCAAUGCGAUUCAGUCCCCAACCCCGCGACGAGGACAUCGAGCCUCGCAGCGCUUGCUCUCAAGGGCGAGGAGUACACCCUCUCCGAAAGCGACAUUACAUUGAUGCUGCCCGCCAAGACGGUCCUUAUUUUCUUUGGGCCUACAUCGACGCUCCUGGAGACCGUUCAAAGCGCCACCAACACACCUAUCGACAUCCCAAGUCUCGAAACUAGUCGAUGGCUUGCCGCUCCUCGUGUACAUGUCCUUCCGCUAGUACAAAGUGCUCUCAAAGGAAACAGUGAGAUUGUGGCGACGGAUGGAUAUCAACUACAAUCGCCAACCGAUCCCGUUGAACAAGCCGUAAUGUCCAUCGAUAACGCUGUUACCGAAGCGCAGAGCGACAGGGCCUAUGUAUCCACCCUUGAUCCACCGAUCGGAACUAUUGGUUUUAAGAAGGGUACCCUGUCUAAUUUCGCGAACAUUGCGAUCAACCGGCUUGCCUGGAGUCCAGCGGGGAUCUAUAUGGCUGCGGCUCCUACAUCCCAUAUUCAGAGAUAUACCUUGAAGUGGUACACGGAUGUGUACUCGUACGCAACGGGCGCCGACUGUAGGAAUAAAACCCCCACACAGUUCGCUAACGAGGGUGGUGUCGUGUACACCGUUGUCAUCGAUCGUGGCAACUUGCGACGCUCCCCGGAUAGUGCGCCACGAUAUUGGGGACCUGAGCGGGGGUAUUGUGGCUACUACUUCGUCGAUCACAACACGACAACCCACCGUGCUGGCUCAUCGCUAAAUGUGCAUACCUUCCAACCGCAAGGUCCAGACUCGCAGAAUGAAAGCAAGAUUGGCUACAACAUCAGCUAUGAACAGGAUAUGCAGAUGUUAAAUAACAACGGACAUUCAACAUUCACAUUCAAAGCCAAGUAUAUGAACGGGUUUGUCUUAGAUCAAUUUCAGCUACACGACAGCCUAGGGAAUUCAGGCGUGGAGUUUUCGGUUGAUUACAACGGCUACUAUGACUAUUGGGCUGACCCGAAAUUCGCCACCAAGCAAUGGUGGAACCCUGGUGUCUUCGAGAAACUCCCGAAAUCCGGACGUUGGCUGUUCGCGUUGGAUGGUUUGCCGGUCGACAAUAUGCCUAUCAAUGCGUUAACUGUCUUCUCGUCGAGUGUUGGACAACACACUAUGACGUCCGAAUUCUCUGCAGACAUCAGAGCGUUCAAGUCUAAUUACUGGGAUACUAGUAGUGAUCAUAAAAAGCCUGGUGAGGUUUCUAAUUCUGACGGGAACGCACCUACCCAUUUCCAGACAACCGGGAUCUCUGAAAAAAGGACGUGGAAUCGUGCGUUGGGUUUGACCUGGACCUAG